GUUCCAGCAGUUGGUUUUGUUUUUCUCGGUGCAGCGCAGGUCGUGUCUUCCUGGAGCAGAGGUCGCAGCUAUGUGUUUGCUUCUUGCUAUUGUGGCCAUGAAGAAUCGAAGAGAGUAUGUGAGACCGGUGGUCUUGCCGCUCCUGCUGGUGAUCGUCGCAGUGGCGUGCAACAUUCACACGGCAAGCGCGCAACAGGCUUGCGUGAGGGGCAUGGAUGGAGCUAUCCUGCACAUAUCCUGCGCGGGAAAGCAGCUCACAGCCUUGCCCACCAUCUCUACGGCCGACAAGCCAAACCUGAACUAUUUGAUAUUUUCUUCAAACGCCAUGACAACUUUAAACAAGCAAGCACUGCAGCUGCCGGCACUCACCCGACUGGAUUUGUCUUAUAACAAGAUGCUGUUGCUGCCAAGUGGAGCAUUCGACGGCCUACCCAAGCUCCAAGCCCUCGACUUGUCCUUCAACGACAUUCUGGAACUGCCGGUAGGCAUUUUCAAGAAGAACACUGAACUCGAAACCCUGUUUUGCGCCCACAACCGCCUGAUUACUCUUCCAGCUGACGCCUUCAAAACCAACCCCAAACUUGUCAACCUGAACUUCUGGCACAACAAGCUAUUCCACAUUCCGUCCGGUCUGUUCGUGCCGCUGCCCAAUCUACUGAACCUGAACUUCAAUGAAAAUUCAUUUGGGCAGAUUCAGGCUGGAGCGUUCAGCGGCAUGAACACGAUUGCCAUCAUUCGUCUGCGUGGCAAUCCGCUGUAUCAAGAUCAUCGCCUGUGCUCCGCUCUCUACUAUCCCGAAGAGAGGUUUGAUUUUGAACUUAACUACGCCGUGAAGCAAAAUUACUUUCAGUGGCACACCGUCAAUGACCUGUGCGGAAGACCCUGCAACACGUUCAGAACGACCUACAUGAACAUCUGCCCGAAUGCAUUCUGCACUGGAACAGUGGCUGCUUUCCAGUGCCAUGUCGGAACUUGGGCACCAGCUACAGCGGAACUAACGUGUGACGAGACCUCUUCUAUACUGACCAUGUUCAGCAGCAAGGAGGUUACCCCGGCAGGCGCGGCGGCAUUGUGCACGCUUAAUUUCGGGCGCAACGGUCACCUGCCGACGCCCGCGGACUUUGCGCACGGCUGCGUGACCAGGACGGUGGCCAAGGCGCGCGCCCGGUUCGGCCUCGCCUACGAUCCCGUCGUCUGGCUCGGCCAGAAGAGCCUGGAGACCUAUUACGCCAGCGACCGGUACACAUACCGGCCCACGCGCAAGCUCUACUUCAUGUGCUCACGACCUUCCUCCGGCUGAGGAUCGGCCGACAUCGGGAACAGCACGCGGAUGAGCGUCACGGGCACUGCAGGCAAGCAUGACCUUGCUGAGAAGCAAUGUAAGAGGAACAGGAGGCGUGCAGGUGAGAAUCGCCUCGGUCGGUCGUCACCUGGCAGACGAAGAAGCUAGACGCACCUCAUUCCUCUUUUAACUGCCAUCUCUCUCUCUCUCUCUCUCCCCCCCCCCCCCCCCCCCCCCCUCUGUCUCUCUCAGAUUUUUUUCCAUUCAAUGCACGUAAUUGUUUUUAGUAUUUGCUGUUAUGGCCCAGAGCUCUCAUUGCUAUCACCAUGACAACUAUACACUAAAGCAAUCUCUCAUUGCUAUCACCAUGACAACUGUACACUAAGCAAUCUCUCAUCACAAUGCUGUCUAUUUUCACUUGUCUGGUCUACACGCAAUGAGUCUGCUUCACAUGCCUUCACACUCACACUCCCUUUUGCCGUUUUACACUCCCUUUUGCCGUUCUUCUUCACAACCUGCAUCAUGGUCGCAUUCCCCUUUCUUUUCACUUCUCUCGACCCCGUUUACGCACCAAAGCGUGUCUUCCCGGUCACUGAAAAAAAAGCAAUGUGUACGUAA